AAGUGGAGCAUUGGGGAACGGAUCAAAGCCAUUUGCAGAUUUCAAUAAACCGGGCUGAGGAAUGUCCCCAAACCCUAAACGCAGAAAUUUCGAAAAGAGCUGUGGAAGUGUGAGAAUUGAGAAAUGGCGAAGCAGUGCAAGUAUUCAUGCGAUACUGCAGCUGAAACCUUGGAAUGGAUUAAAGCCAUUGCUGAUUUCAUUAAACCUUUCUCUUUCUUAAUCAAUGCUCACGUUGUCAAUUUCUUCAAGGAUAGGCUAUGGGAAGCUGUUGAUGAAGACUGGCUUCAAUGUCUUAGUAAUGAAUCUGUUGAAAGUCUUCUCCUUAUUCCUUCUGGAAUUGUCCAGGAUCAUUGGCCUACUUCGCUUAAGGAGUUCAUUCUUACUUUGAAAUCUCUUGUUUAUCCUCGCGAACAAGCGGACUUGAAAAAGGUAUUUCCCAACUUUCAGCCAACAUCACUGAAUAGCGUUCUUGCUCAAGGGAUGAACUUAAAGAAGAAACAUGAGGUGGAAGUUCUUUCUGAUAUUGUUAGUUCUGUUGCGAGUGCUGUGAGAGCUGAUGCAGUAAUAGAUGUUGGUGCUGGUCAGGGUUAUCUUGCACAAGUCCUUGCCUUCGAGCACCAGCUUUCUGUAGUUGCGAUAGAUGCAUGUUCCCAUCAUGGAAAGGUUACAAAUGCACGUGCAGAGCGAAUCAAGAAACAUUACAUGGCUCAGAUGCGGAAAUUUGGAUCAGGAAACCAGAGAUUAAAUGUGCCUCAAACAAUUACAUGUAACAUAAUGUCCCUAGAAACAUUGAAAUCCUUGACCACCAUGUCGUCGCAUAAAGGUGAUGUUGAGCAGCCAAAAUCGAUUGAGCAAGAUCUUGAACUUGGUUUGGCAGGCAGAGGGAGUUCCUUGGUUCUGGCUGGCCUUCAUGCUUGUGGAGAUCUCUCAGUAACAAUGCUCAAGACCCUUUUAGAGUGUGAAGAAGUUAGAGCAGUUAUUAGCAUUGGCUGUUGCUACAACUUACUAUCUGAAGAAGGGUUUGCAAAUGCUCGAAUUCAAUAUGGUUUUCCAAUGAGUUGUGGUGUAAAAAGUGUUAACUUAUCUCUUGGAAAAAGUUCUCGCGAUCUUGCUUGUCAGAGUGCUGAAAGGUGGAAAAGUUUAGGAAAGGAUGCCGGUCUCCACAAUUUUGAGCUGCAUGCUUUCCGUGCUGCUUUUCAAAUGGUUUUGCAUAAAUAUUUCCCUGAAGUUGGAAUAAGUCCUUCAAUUGGGCGCCAAGGGAAGGCUUUGCGCCGUAAGCAGCAAAGGAAGAUAAUUAAGUCUGAACUGCAAGCUGAAGAAAGUACUUAUUCUGAUCUGCCUCAGAUGGCUUGUAAUAUGGAAGAGGCUUGCUCUGUCACACACAGUGGGGAAUCUGAAGCAGGUAACACUUCAGGCGUAAGGUCGGAUGUGGAUGCCCUAUUCACUAAAAUGUCCUUGCAUACUGGUAGUACAUGUGAAACGACUAUGUCUACCUAUAAGUAUUCACUUUUCGAGAAAUUUUGCCAGUCUGGAUUAUGUCGUCUCGGGCUUAAGCCUUCCGACGAUAUAAAUUUCCUUGGCAUUUGGAAGGAAGUUGAACCCUAUGUCAGCCUUAUUGGGAUUUACUGGUCACUUCGUGCUGCUUUCGGGCCUCUCUUGGAAACUCUUAUUCUUCUGGAUAGAUUAUUGUUUCUCCAGGAACAAGGUGAUGUGUUAGAAUCAGUAAUGUUACCUAUUUUCGAUCCAGCAAUAUCCCCGAGGAACGUUGCCAUAAUCGCCAAAAAGCCAGAUGCAGGCAUAUCAUCACAUCAUAGUUCAAGAUAAGGUAAUAUUUCUUUGCUUAGAAGACGAGGCAUUAUAGAGUUUUCUCAUAUGAAAGCAAAAAGGGAUCAUUUUUGCUUCAAAUUAAAAACCAAUAUAUGAAAAUUGUAUUAUUUUCUUACAAUAGUUUUGUUAGAAAUUUUGUAUUUACGAUUUUCAAACCAUCAUUAUUUGACUAUUUUAUGUAGAUGUUUUACUUGA